CAGUCCCUCGCGAACCGACGACCGUCUCCGCGCUCCGCGGAGAGGAAGAAGAAUAAGCUCGCGGAUCCGGCCGUUUCGAGGCGAUGUUUUCCUUCGCGUCCGACGAAUGCAACACGUGUGUGAAUGGAUACUCCGGCCCGCUCCUCUUGAUGUCGUCCUCGCGACCGGAUAUCGCCGCCUAGACUCAUAGCUUCCGGGAUAUUUUCCCUCCUUUUUCGGUUCGCGGGUCGUCUUGAAAUAAUUUCCGCUCCCCCUUGGGAUGAGAUGAUGUAUGCGCUCGGGAGAAUCGAGAGUCGGUCGCCACUCCCGUUCUCACGAGUUUCGAUGUGAGUUGACUUUCUGUGGUUUUUGUUUUUGAAAAUCAUGUCGAGUUUUUCGAAUUUUCGAUGAAAUUCGACCGGGAUGUACGGGUAGGACCGUUAAAAAAUGAAAAUCGCGGAUAAAGACUCAACACAUAACGAUGUCUGCACACACGCAAAAUGCUCGCGAUUUUUCCGGGGUGUUUUUACUCUCUUUAGUCUGACGUCGUCAUUUUGAAAUACUUCCACAACACUUCCGAGCUGUAUGUGUUGGGUAAAACUGAGCGGUGAUUGCGACUCAUCCUCUCACGAAUUUCAAUAAGCACCGAAGUCUCACUUCCCGAAGAACGUUAGAACUAAGACGUGGCGUGUUGAAUUUUGGACCGGAGAAAAUAAACGUGGAUUUGAUAAGAUUGCCGUGCGUGUCGUUCUCGUAUUGCGGAGUAAUCCCAUAACUCAGUGGACUUUGAGGCGGAGGGCGGACUCGCGCGCCCUGAUGAAUUUCAUCGUCGUUGGAGUGGUGCUGGUGGCGAUGCAGCUCAAAAUCCUGGAAGGCGAAAAACCGGAGCUCAAACAAUAGUCUCGAAUUACCCGGGAUUCCGCGAUGGUCAACCUGCUCUACCUGCCGGACUGCGCCCAACAAAUCGAUAAUGGAACCGUAGCUCUGCGCUCAGGAAGAGGGACAGGAUGCGAGCACUUGCCGAGUGUAAUCUACACGCCAUCGUAUCAUCAAGUGAAAGUGCAGCUUAGGUGGCUUUUCCCCCUCCACGUAUACGGAUGGUCUUGCGUUUUUUUCAUCCUAGCUCUCUACGCCUUUUUCUCAUUUCUCAAUAUUAGGUCUCAAAUAUCAAAUCGACCGCUCAUGUCGAUAGUAAAUUUAUUUAUAUGUUUAUUAGGUAUUACUAGAGCCAGUUGCCUUAGUAUUGACGCGUACAACAUGAAAAUGAUCCUGCCGAACGUAAUAAAGUCUCUACUGUGGGAUACGGGUUUCAUUAGUCUUGCCUCUGGCUUCUGUUUCCUGCAACUAUUGUUCCUUCAGCUCACCCAGGUCAAAUUAGGAUUUAAAUUAUUAGCAAGCAAAACGUUCAUUUCUUUGAUGGUUGUCUUGCAAUUUGGAGUCAUGCUCAUUUUAGACAUUGUUACCUCUAUACAUCAUCAUUUAUUCUUUAUGUCCUAUAUUAGUUAUUUGGUUUACGCUGCCUGGGGAAUAUUUUCUUUUUGUUCCUUCAUGUUCGUCGGGUCAAGAGUUACUGAUCUCCUCAGGAGAAUGCCAAGCACUGGACUCCACAUAACGGAUCCUAGGCAAAGAGGCCUACUGCAGUUGGCACUCCUGGCGCCAUACAAUAAUCUCGCCCCAUUCGUAGCCGCAGCACUCAUGCCAACUUUCCUUGCACCAAGCAUGAAAUCAAAGUCAUCUGCCACUUCAGAAGCUGCCACGCAAAGCAAUCAAUCUACCGUUUCGAACUGUCCGGCAUCUACCUCUAGUGAAACUGAAAAUAAAAGCACAUCUAGCACGGGCUUCCCGGCGAAAACAUCUCUGUCAACUAAGACUGGUAUGCCAAAAACCAUACUAAGUAAGGAAAGUAAUUUGGGUGUCCCCUCAAAGGACCAACCAUUCAAAAAGCAGCUGAGUUGGAAACUGGAAGAAAAACCCUCUUCGAUAAAAAAUAAAGCAGAAGAAGCGACUCCGUUGCAGCCUUCAAAAGCAGAAGAAGCAGCUCCUUCAGCCGUAGAAAGCGGGAAAAAGGGACUAAUGACAGUUACGACUGAUGAUAAAAAAGACGCUGUUCCCGGGUUUGACGCUGUGACACUCGACACAAUAUUGAAUCACAUAGCGUACGCUAACACGCGAGGGUCCAACGACGGAGAGCUGAAAACGCCCACCCGUUCGAACACGAAAAAGCAAAUAUCUUCCAUCCUGAAAUUGACUUACUUAGUAGCCAUCUCCGGCAUAGCGCUCUCUUGCAUCAACGUUUUUCUUAUAUUAGGUCCCUAUGGAAUACUCCGGUCCAGUGCGGCGGGCGACGACAGCUCGGUGUGGCCUUGGUUCAUCAUCCAGACGGUCAGUCGGAUUUUGGAGGUGCUCAUGGCGAGCACCAUGGCCAAUCUGACAAAGCAACCGGUGAGCAGUCGACACGACCCACUGGGCUACAAACCGCGCGAAGCGCGCUUCAGCAUCAUCUGAAGAACCUGCAAACUCCACUUAAAGCGAGUCCUCGCCGCUACGGUUUCACAGGGAGUGCGUGACGGCAAGUCAACACGCGCGGCAGAUUCCCGCGUCAGUCGCGUGGCGUGAAUUGCGAUAUAUCGAUUGUUAUGCCAUUUAAACCUGUGGUAAAGAAUCGAUUAUUAAGGUGUUCGCUGCGAAUAUCCUGUUUAUUGAUCCUUUUCCAUGGGUUUAAAUGGCAUAACAUUCGAUAUAUCGCAAAGCACGCCACGCCACUGUCCCGCGUGAUGAAUCCGGUGUGACGGUGGAACCUGUCUAUUGAAGCUUUUAAGGAAGGGAUUCGCGCCGCAAACGUCUGUGGCAUGUUUAAAAUAAUUGGAUAGCAUUUAGCAAAAAGGAACCAGCGCGCGAUUACGGUUUUGUAAAAAUGUUGCCGCUUCAUAAUUAUCUAAAAAAUCUCCCAGAAUAGCAAAAAGUUUUGGCUGCCCACCAAACAAUUGUUUAUUUCAAAGGAAAAUAAUUAAGAUGUUGCAUGUGCGAGGAAUUUGUGAUUUGACUGUUGAUUCGUAUGUAAAAGUUCGCGAGAAAAACGAUGGUGCCACUGGUU